GAAAGCAAUUUUUUCUGAUUUGAUUCAAUUUUAUUCAAUAAAAAAUGGGCCAUCAACAUGAUGCACAUUGCAAAUGCAAGUCAACCAUUGCCACACAAUCGCUGGACGAAAUGGAUUUUGAGCGCGGAAUUUGGUCAGCAGCUCUCUAUAAUGACUUGGAUAAAUUGGAUAAGCAUAUCGUGUCCGGCCAAACCAAUAAUAUCGAUUCAACCGGUUACACCGCCUUACAUUACGCAGCUAGAAGUGGUCAUUUAACAGCAUGUGAAAGACUUUUGGAUGCUGGUGCUGAUGUGAAUGCUUGUACCCGAUCUGGUGGCACACCACUUAUUCGUGCCGCUUUAAUGGGUCAUGAGCAAGUCGUACAACUUUUACUUCGAAAGGGUGCAGAUGUAUUUCAUCAAGACAAUGACGGUAACACAGCCCUUCACAAAGCUGCACAAAAUAACUACCAAAAUGUAAUGAAAUUAUUAGUAGAUUCGUCACGCGAUUCAAAUCGUCUGGAAGGCAUUUGCAAUAACAAGGGUCAAAAGGCAAACGAUUUAUCGAAGCAGUAACGAAAGAGGAAAAAACUAAUCUCUAAGCAAAUUAUAAACAUUGGCAUUUAAUUUCUGUAUUUUUAAUGAACUAUUCUAUGGCAGCUUCAUGGGUUUCAUUCGUUACAGUAUUAUGAAAAGUGCGCUUCGUUCUAAAUAGAACAAAUUAUGUACAUUUGAUUUAUUAUCUUCAUUUCAUUACUUUUAGUUCGCUUUCUCAUCAUUUCUGUGUCAACUCAAAGUAGUUCUUUUCAGUUCUAAUAUACGCUACAAUUUAAUUCAAUUUUCAAACAAUUGGCAAAUUUUAUCCAGAAGAAUUUUUAAAAAUAUUAUAUUAAAAUGCGUUACCCAAAUAAAAUAUGUGAAAUAUUCUUAGAAAAUAAAUAAAGAUAUUUGCCCCUUGUUGGCGUCUUUUUUGAGGAAAAAAUCUCGUUUUUAAACUGUACGGGUUCAAAGGAUGAGUCGAAUUCUCAUACAAUGUAAGUGCUUCAAAAACUUUUGGAUCAUUAUCGAUCAUAAAUCCAAAAUUCAAGCGCUUACAUGGAUUUAGAAAUACUUUCAAAAUUUCAAAAACUGCCGUGAAAAUGUCCACAAACCAAUAUAAAUCAAUUGGCGGUUGAACCAAAAUAAACGAAGCAUCAAGUAAUAAAUGAGUUCAAAGAUGCUCAGCACAGAAAUACCCAAGAACAAUCCAAGUACUUCACCACAUGCAGCCCAAAAAUCAGUAGUAAAAGUGUAAAUCUCAUUUAAGUUGAUACUUUUCACAUCAAAUUUUCCAAAAUAAAGGAUUAAAAAGUGAACUGAACACUGAAAAUAGUGAAAACAAGACCGCAGAGCAUCGCUUCACUCCUCGCUUGA